UAUACAUAAUAUUAUCCAAUACACAUCACAUAGAGGUUUAAAGAAGAAUGGCUUCUUUUGCUACUCUUCAUGGCCUUCACAACACCCCUCUUCCACGAUCUCAAUUCCUAGGCCAAGAUCACCACUUCCCUCUCAAGCCACCACCUUCCACAGUGCAUCAUCACAGAACAACACCACCACGUGCCAAGUUCAACAUGUUGGAAUUCUUGGGGGGAAGAGGACUGUGCAACGGGGAAAAGGGUCUUCAGCAGGAGCUGAAGAAGCAAGUUGUUGUGGAUCCACCACCUUCAUCAGAAGAAGUGGCAUCAAGUGGAAAAGAGCAAGAAGAUGAAGGUGGUGAAGGUGUUAAGGUUCCAGAUGAUGGUUUUGAGAAAGAAAUGAUGGGGCUAACUGGGGGGUUUCCUGGGGGUGAGAAAGGGUUGAUAAAGUUCAUUGAGAAAAACCCUCCUCCAAAACCACCUACUGCUUUAACCAUUUCAGUUUUAGAGAAGGCUUUGUGAAAAAUCAAAGCAAAUCUUCAAUUUUUUUUUCUUCUAAUCAUAUUAUUGGUCACAGUUACUUUUAGUAGAGUCUCUUUUCUCGAUCAGAAUUUUUUAUAUACCGGAUUCGAAUUUUGAUUAAAGAGACUGAGAUGACGAGUUGUAGAACAUUUCCUAUAAUAUAUCUGCCAUCAUGAAUUUUGACAA